CAGGAUUUCCGUCCGGGAUGGAAUCGGUUCUCAACCUUUUCUAUCACGUGUGUUGCUAUAACAUUCUAAGAACAAAAUCUUUAAGAAGGCGUGGGGGAUAUGGUCUGCGAUAACUCGAUAACGAUAAUCGAUUCAUUUAUUUUAAAGAAAGUAAUUAACAAGGACAGGAAACACGCCCGCUUUUCCUCCACACCAUAACGACGGAAAUUCUGUAAUCGCUGUUCACACAUUUUCUUUUUGUACUGUACCAGAGAUUCUGUGUUUCGAAGUACCGUAUAGUAUUUGUUUUCAUGUUGGAAAUGAUCAGGCCCGUCUGGAUAAGUUCAUUUUCAAACCUUACCUCAUGAUCAUUUAAACUUGUUAUAGAAAGAUACAACGAGAAGUAAGGAACUUUACAUCGCUGUUGGAGAUUAGCGUUAAUUGUUUUCAAACUUGCUCAUGAAAAGGUCUGUUGCUUUUUCAGUCCAAAUGACAAAUGAUUUGAUGAUUCAAAAAUAUCAUGUUUAAUCUAUCGUUAGUUUUAAAGUCAGCGUUCUCCUGGCAACCCACCUAACAGUUCAACAAUUGUCAAUUUAUCUGUUGCACGGUUAAAACCACUGCAUAAAUAAAUUGCAGACGGGAUAAGAAAACUAAGGAAGAUGUAAUUGCAUUAGCGAAUGAAUUAAGCGGCUUAGAGGUAUAGAAUUUCAUCAGACACUUACGGCAUUUCUUCUAAACAGUAGUGUGUAAACGCAGCGUGUUUUUAAUUAAACUUUGUGGGUGGUGUGCAAGCUUGACAGCUUCCUGUGUUUGUGCAAUAGCACGAUGAGCAUAAAAGCGUCAUUUGUGUAUUGAAACAGAACUGUAAACAAGCGGCUUGAUCUGCUUACUUAUAACGCGUACACAGUUCCUGAUAUAAGGCGGUGAAGAGCCUCUUAAAGACGUGUUAGCUAUAAUCCGCAAGUAAAACACCACGGAAAGAUGUCUGAGGGAUUGCUGAAGACCAGAAAGGGCCGCCGGCGGACAGAUCAACCCAAGCCUCCACACUCCUACAUUGCGCUCAUAACAACAGCUAUCCUCAGCUCGCCUAACAAGAAGCUCACACUAACAGAGAUAAACAAACACCUCGUGGAGAACUACGAGUUCUUCCGCGGAACGUACCAGGGUUGGAAGAACUCAGUGCGACACAACCUCUCGUUUAACAAGUGCUUCGUGAAAAUAUUGAAGGAUCCGUCGCGGCCAUGGGGAAAGGAUAACUACUGGACAGUUCUGUUGGAUUCGCUGAAGGAAUAUGUCAGUGAAGACGGUCAUUUUAGGCGAAGACGAAAGCGGCAACCUCGAACAAAAGGAAAGAAGUUUUCUCAAAAUUCUUCCGUAAAGGGACACGAGGAUAAGCUACCUACAACACCAGAUGAAAUCAGAAAGAACUUAAGAUCUGGUGUUGAUAAUGAUCUUCUUGUCAAGUCCAGCUCAGACGUAUUAGCCAAGGGAAAUAUUGAUCUUAACAGGUUCUCCAUUGACAGAUUGCUAAAGGAUAAAGAUGGAACUCAAAACGACGCCGAGAAAUUUAGUCAUCACAUGUUUGCUGGUCUCGCAAGAUUUCAAGGUAUGAAGGGGGAAAUGACAAUUAUUUGAACUGCAAAGCAAGUAAUUAAAUUAUCUUUUAUGUAGUUAGGGUAAAGACUAUUUUAGAGUGUCAGGGGCUUAGUGUUGAAGGGCCAGGGCGAGUGGAUAGCAACCUCUGCGCGUAAAACAAAACUGUACACCGAUGGAUAAAAGAGAAAAUAGUAUUAUCAGGAGAUAAAAUAAUAUGACGGCAAAUCAUAGGAACAAAAUCUCCUGACACUAAACGUUUGAAGCGCCACAAAAACUGGCGAAGUAUUGUAAACUAAAAGCUACUAGACAAUCGUCUGAUGUCCCGUUCAACUCUUUUG